AUGGCUCCUGAUCAGGUCGAGAAAUGGUUGCGCGGCUUGGGAUCCAUGUUGCCCCGAGAGGCAAUUUCUGCCUUGGUUGAAGAAGUGCAUCGGCAAGGGAUGGACGGAGAGUCUUUCGACGUCUUAAUAGCAAGUCGAGCCAUGCCAGCGCUGGGAGAUGCAGUUCGCCCUGCACACAUGGCAAUGCUUCGGCGAUGCUGGAAUGCUAACAAGCCAUUCGCAUCUUCGUCGAGCAAGCCAUCCCCUUCGCCCGGCAUGACUCCCCAGAGGUUCGCACCGCCUCCACGUGUGAAAGCGGAGAAGGAGACAGACGCAGAUCAUAAUGGCCAGAGCUGCCAACAGCUGCAGAGAGGGCAGCCAGGGCUUGAGCUGCCCGAGCCGCCCGAGCCGCCCGAGCUGGCAGAGCCAGAAGAAGGGCACAUGCCAUUGGAUUGCCUUUCGCCGGAGCAUGCCGAGCCGGAGAAUGGCCUAAAGUCGUCGACUCCUUUGAGCUCUGCCAUGAUGAAGCAGAAGGCUGCGAAGCCUCCACAGGUUCCUCGCCUGGAUCUUUCGUUUCUGCGGAAUAAAGGAAACUCCGAAAGUCUGCUGAAGCACGAGUGGAAGCCGGGCAGGCCGAGUCAGGCAGGCAGCACAACAUCCAGCGCAGAGAUGGUGAAGAGGUCCGGCUUUGCGUCUGCAAGUCCGGAGGACCAGCAGCGAAUAGCAGAGUUUUACGGAUACAGAGACGAGGGGUUCGUGGCCACAAUGACGGGGCUGCGGACGGACCUCAUCCGGCCCCGACUGUACGUGGGCAACAUGGCGGACGACGCAUACUGGCCAAUGCUGAAGAAGUUGGGCAUCACUCACAUAGUCAAUUGCGCUAUAGAGGCACAAAAGGUGUCGCCCGCUUAUGAAUCGCAUGGCAUCCAGUACCUUUUCCUGCCGUGGCAAGAUAGAGAGGAGGAAACGCAGAGCCUGACUCGGCAAAGGUUCCGGAGCCUGAAGGGCGCAACAAAGUACGUGCACGGUGCACUCCAGGACCGGAAAUCUAACAACGUUGUCCUCGUACACUGUGUGCAGGGCCUCUCCAGGAGUGCCGCUUUGGUUUGCGCGUAUCUCAUGGAGUUUGAGGGUCUUGGCUUGGACCGUGCUCUUUCCGAGGUAAAAUCAAAGCACAAAGGAUGCUUGACAUCGCCUCACUGGCAGACAUUGCUGCACAAGUUCAACGCAGAGCUGCUCCGUGGAACCUGA